AUGUUUCGUUUUGAUGAGGAAAUUCUAGAAUCUUGGGGUCCAGCCGUUUGGGGAGUUAUCUUUGACAGGUUGCAAAGUGGAAACGUCAAAGGUGGAAUACUUCAGGUUGCCUGGCCAAGCAAUGUCGACAAGAAAACAGCAGCCCAGCAGAUUCAAUGGGCCACCAAGUUGCCUUUUCCCCAGCUCCCCCAGAAGGCUCUUGAGACAAUAUAUGAUAGAAUGGUUGGUUUCUCGUUGGGAGUUCGAUAUAUGGACGAAAAGAAGAUUCACGCUGUGCAUGGACUCGUAAAAGAGAAUGGCCCCCUCAAAGCGAGUGUGGAAAGAUGGCUCAGGCGUCCUGGUACCGUCGCAAAGUGGAGAGAAUUGAUUCGAUCCUACAAGAAUUAUGAAGAUGCGAUGGGAAAUCUGUCGGACUGCACUACAUUCCCAAGAGAGACGGAUAACCACCCAUUCAAGACCAACCCUGCAUACGAUUCCGCGUUGCAAUGCUCUUCCUGCUUAGAAUUCAUGGUUCAUUUCGGGAUUGCCACAACUAAUGGCUAUGACUUAUCAGGAAGAAACUGGAUUGAGGCAGGAUUAAAUGGUCCCAAUUUGGAUUUGCUCACCUUCAUGGUCAGCAAUGCGGAUCCUCACCAUCUGAUAAAACCCAGAGAUAUCCGAGAAACCCGCGAAAACCACAUUCUUCUCUCGCUCGUUGGUGUUGGUGCUUUCUCUCAAUUCGUGAUUGCCUUGAACAGGCUACGCCAGGCAAACCUCGUGCCAGUCGAAGAACUCCGCACAAUUUUCCACGAAGCAGCGAAACAUGAGUUCUGCGCUGUUGCACCAGUCGCCGUGGCCGAAGCCCUCUACCAGCACGGUGUCAAUAUCGGAAAUGUCGAGCACCAAUAUCACGAACUUGGGGGACAGUUAGAAACCUCCUGGCAUAUCGCAGCAGCCUUCAACCCCGCCGGAGGCGAGUUCAUGGCCUGGCUCGAUAAAUUCUCCAUGCUCAACGCAGAAGUCCGAAACUCGGAAAACAUGAACCCGCUCAUGUACGCCGCGUGCUUUGACGAGCCAGCUGCAAUCGACUGGCUGUGCAAGAAAUGCGAUCCCAUGCAGCCCAGAUUAGACGAAGGCCCACAGGGGUACGCCUUGAUCUGCGCGGCUCGAAGCUCAUAUCUUCACAGCGGCGAAAUAUUCUCCAUUAUCCUCUCACAUCUACCAGAUUCGCUAUUUACUAACCAAUACGGCAAGAUCUUCGGCACUGAGAUUGCUGAAGGCGUCGCAUCGCACAGGCGCAAGCUCGCCGACGGCCGAGCCAGCGAGCCCACGCAGUCAGUGAUGGACCUUCUUGGAGUGCGUAAGAUGCACGCUCUCGUCCGCCGUCUAUCAAGUGACUGGGUCGGCAGCGAAUGGCACUUGGCACUGGAUGCGUUUCUUAGCAAUAAUGAUCUGGGUCCUCUCCAACUCAGUAUCGGUACAGGGACGCGGCUGCUUCGGAGCACCAAAUCGCGGGAGACCUCACCCCGCGGUCACCCAGACCAUCCCAGGAGCCCUAAGUUCCGCAAGUCUGAUGUACACGAAGUACUAGUGAUGUAUGAUGGCAGCGGGGCGCUAACUGGUCGUGCGGAUACUAUCAGAAGAAAUAGGCCAACUCAUAUUACUGCUCGCAGUGGUGGAAGACAGACUCUUGGUCCUAUCAGAGAUCCUAGCAGUAUGGUAACAAAGUCUGCGCGUAAGGGACCAAAUCGCCGAAGUUGA